AUGUCCGCUAGAGCAGAACAACUGUGCCGUCGACUGAAGCAAAAAAUGCAGAUCCUCUUAGUUUUAGAUGAUGUCUGGGAGAAAUUGGAGCUGUAUCAACUUGGAAUUACUUUUGGUAAUGAUAGGAAUCAAUGCAAGAUGCUCUUAACCUCUAGAUUUCACGAUGUGAUGGAGAAUGAUAUGAGUGCUGACAUGAUAUUCUUGCUUAGAGAACUAUCUGAUAAUGAAGCAAAGGGCUUACCAAUCGCUAUAGAAACGGUUGCAAAUGCAUUGAAAAAUAAAACCUCUUCUAUUUGGAAAAAUGCCAUGCAAGAACUAAGAAUGCCUUCCCCAGUUAACAUCAAAGGCACUUACGAUAAAUUAUUCAAACCUAUAAAGCUGAGCUAUAAGUACAUGGAAAGUGAUGAAGCAAAGUUGAUGUUGUUGUAUAUUGAUGGUGUUCAACCUCACACAGUCAAAAUGCAUGAUGUUAUUCAUGAUGUUGUCACCUCAAUUGGUUCCCAGGAAAGGCGAAUGUUCAACCUCAGAAAUUAUGUUCCUAAGCUGGAAGACAGUGGAAAACUCAAAGAUGCAACUGCAGUUUCACUACUCUAUAGCAGCGAUGAGUCUCAGCUUCCUGAAAGGUUAGAAUGUUUGUAUGGUUGUGACUUAGGAGAUGUGGCCUUGAUUGGAGAGUUGAAGAGUUUAAAAAACCUUCAUAUUGAAGACUCUAAUAUUGUGGAGUUGCCAAAACAAAUUGGACAACUGACUCGUCUGCAAUUGUUAAAUUUGAGUAAUUGUCCCAAACUUGAAGUGAUCGAACACAAUUUCAUAUUAAGUUUGAUACAUUUGGAAGAGUCUCAUUUGCAAGACAGCUUUACAAAAUGGGACAUGGACAGAGGACUUGACGAGCUUGACAUAAGAAGAUUGAGGGAAGAUCAUCAUCUUAAAAUGUUGUUGGAAGCAUCUGAAGUUCUCAAUCUGCGCAAAUCAAAAGGCGUGAAGAAUCUUGUUUAUGAUUUAGAUCUAGAAGGUUUACCACAGUUGAAGAAUCUCGUAAUUGUGGAGAAUGAUGAAAUGGUGUACAUCAUUAAUUCCAUGGAGCAAAAUCAUCCUUGCUGUGCCUUUCUAUCUUUAGAGUUACUAUAUCUUGAGAAACUUAUGAAACUGGAAAAGAUGUGCUAUGGAAAACUCUCAACAGAUUCGUUUGGCAAAUUAAGAGUUGUAAAAGUGAGAGAUUGUGAUAGAUUGAAGAAUCUCUUCUCCUUCUCCAUUGCCCAACAACUUGAGGAAAUUGAAGUAAUUGAAUGUAAGAUGCUGAGAGAGAUAGUUUAUUUAAGAGACUAUGAUCCCAGCAUCAUUCCUACAAAAGCCAAUGCUCAGUUUUUGGUGUUGUCCAAACUUGACUCGGAAAUGUUAUGGCCAGACCAACUUCCAGAAACAUUUAACGUGCAGAAUCUAAAAACCUUGACUGUUAAUGGCUGUCUUUGCUUAAAGCAUAUGUCAUCUUUUGCCACAGCAGGAAGCGUUGUACAUCUCAAGCACCUUGAGGUAUGUCACUGCACUGUUAUGGAAGAGGUAAUAGCCAUAAAUGACAUAAGAGACUUACAGAGGAUGGAUAAGAAACUCCUCCCCAAUCUAAAAUUUUUGAGUCUGAAAGAUCUCCCAGAUAUUGUGGAGUUGCCCAGAGAAUUAGGACAUUUAACUUGUUCUCGGUUAUUAACUUUGAGAAAUUGUCCUAAACUUGAAAUGAUUGAACCUGAUACCAUAUCUAGCUUGAUAAGUUUAGAAGAGUUGUAUAUGGCGAAUUGUUUUACACAAUGGGAGACCGAAAAGAGUAAUGCAUGUCUUUCCGAGUUGAAGAAUCUGACCCGUUUAUCCACUUUACGUCUAGCUAUACCAGAUGCCAACGGUUUGCCAAAGGAUUUGUUUCAUACAAAAUUGGGAAGAUAUAACAUAAAUAUAGGAGAACAUGAGCUCAUGCCUGAGAAAUUUCAAAUUUCAAGAAAGUUGGACCUCAAGCUCGAAACUAGCAGUCUAUUAGAGGAGCAUUCAGGCCUUCAAAUGUUAAUGAAAGGGUCUGAAGAAUUGGGUUUAAAUGGAUUAGAGGGUCUAACAAAUGUUGUUUAUGAUCUAGAUUGGGAGGCAAGAAUCCUUUUGAAACUUGAAGAAGUCAGAGUAGCUGAAUGUAGUAUGAUGGAGGAGAUAGUUAUCCGUGAAAUAGAAGAUGAUCAUAACCAAAACAUUAGCAACAAAGCUGCUAAUAAUCAGAUUGAGUUUCCUGAACCAUAUUCCUUGAAGCUAAAAUCACUACCUAAAUUUAUACAAGUUUUUACUGAAAUGAAGACAAACAGCACAUGUUGGAGCGCAGAGGAGGAAGUGGUUAAAUUUCCCAAGGUGGAAACAUUGACACUAAUGGGUAUCUCAACCCUGAGUGCAAUAUGGAAUUGUCAAUACGAAGGCCAAGUUGGUGAUGAUCAAGAACAUGCCGGAAUACUUUUCAGUUUGGAAGGAUUAAAACUGAGUGAGCUACCCCGGCUGAAGCAUUUAUGGGAGGAUGAUUAUCACCAUGGAAGAGCAUUCAACAAUUUGAAAAUUCUAAUUGUGAAUGGAUGUGACAGAUUGAAGAAGUUAGUCCCAUCUCCCAUAUCAUUCAAGAACUUGAGAUUUCUCAGAGUGUCAAAAUGCCAUGGAAUGGAGAAUCUAUUAAAAUCCUCAACAGCUAAAAGCUUGACACAAAUGCAGAGUUUCUGCAAUGGACAAAUAAGCACUCCAAAUCUGAAGAGAUUAAUAUUAAGUGCACUGACAGCGAACAAGAAAGAUGAAGAUGGAGAUGGGAGACCAAAACGAAGAUGA